AUGUCUACCGACACGAGCAGACUGCACUCAAAACUUGACACAUUGAGCGAUGCUCUCGACGACCUAGAGACAAAACUCGAGCCUCUGUUCACCCAGACGCUACCCGAGACUGUGGUCGGCCUCGAGACAAUACAGCAGGCGAAGCUGCAAGUCGCGCUGCCAUAUCUUGUUUACGAUCUGAUAUUUAUCUAUCUAAAGACCCGGGGCAUCGACCCAAAGACACACCCCGUUGUGGCCGAGUUGGACCGCAUCAGGCAGUACUUUGACAAGAUCAAGAACGCCGAAGACCCAGCCAAACGCACAGCCACUGUUGACAAGGACGCGGCCAACCGCUUCAUCAAGCACGCAAUCGCACAAGUGAAGGCACAGCGUCCGCCUGGCGACGGCGAGGGCCCCUCCAACAUCCGCUUCACCGAUAGCGGCGAGGCCGUGCGCGUCCCCGUCAAGGUGACGAGCAAGAUGGCCGCACGGGCGCAGUACGAGAAGGAGCUGGCUGAGCUCGGCAGUGAGGAAGAGGGCGAGCUCGAGGUGAUCGAUGACGCAGGGGACGCGGAUGAUGAGGCCGCGUCGAGUGAGCCUCGGCAGGACAAGGGCAAGGGCAAGGCCGUCGACUCUGCAGAUGCCGGUGAGCAAAUGCCAGGGCGCAAACGGAGACGCGCACCCAUGGACCCAUUCGCAGGUCAUGGAGACGAUACAACAGCGCAGACAGUCAAAAAGAGCAGAGCCAGCGCCGUCGCUGCCGACGCGGAAAAGGUCAACUCAACACCGGACAGCAGCGGGCGAAGUACACCGUCGUCUUCAGCCGAGGCUGCGAAGAAAGAGAGGAAAGCUGCCAAGAAAGCGAGGAAGAAGGCGAAACGAGGGGAGUCUACGGACUAA